AAGUUCUCGAGCUUCAGUUUUUUUCAGUAAAAUCAUAAUUUAGUUCUCAAUUUAUUUAUUAAAAAUUGUAAAGUUGAAUAUAAAACUAUGUAAAUUUUUAAAGUUUGUCUGAAUUUCGUGUUUUUUCGUCAAAUGGGAGUCAUUUUUCACGUUUUUUACCAACUAUAGGAAACGUCAAAAUGUCAUCAAAUUCAAAGGAUUUCCCUCACGAUUUAUUUCGUAAAAUGCAUCAUGAUCUUCAAAAACAGAUGAUGAGAAUAUCGCACGGAUCGCAGAUGGAAUCUUCCGGAUCUACAAUUACGAAAUCUUUACAACCUAUAUCAUCCAACGCUGGUAGCUCUUCGAAUAUAAGGCUUAGUAGACCAGAACAACCUGAAAAAAGAACAUUCGAACAAGCUUAUAGAGAUGCUGUUGAAAGACUUAAUGCAGCGGCAAUGAGCAGAUCAGGAUCCAAACAGCGUCAAAAUACGUAUCCAAAGCAGCCAGUUACGGGUAAACCUGGUAUUACAAACAAAAUAAUUUAUCAAUCUUCGGAACAAAUGCAUUCGGUAUCAUCGGUUUCUGCACCUUCUCAGAAUCAAUACAAGACCACAAUUUACAACAUAAAUACUAUAAAUUUAGCAGAAUUGCUAAAAAGUCAACAUAAUGUUACUAAUGUUGGUAGAUCUGGUGGCAAUAUUGCGCCAAUUUCCAUAUCAAGUGGAUCGUUGCAAAACGCUUUACUUUCUCAGAAUGCAGUCGCAAGAGUUAUGGCUGAAAGCACCAAUUACCGGCAAACCUUUUCAAACGCUUAUGCAAACCAUCUGCUAGAGCUUACAAAGAAUGCAGUAGAAAAAAAAACAGCUAAACCACUGCCUUCACGUCCUUCGGUAGGGGAUUCAGUUAUACCUAUAAAUAUUAAGCCAACUUCUGGUCAUCCUGUUACAAAAUCCUCGCCUAAAAAGCAUCGAAAACUUGUAAACCCAAUUGUUUUAAAUGGAAAAGACUAUGAUACACCAACUUAUGCUGAAGUUGUAUCAUCUAAUCGGGGUAACAAAAACGGAAACAUGUUGAUUAAACUUGGUAGAACAGAACCCGACGAAAUCAAAUAUCUUAAUCGUAUUCCAUCAAGCUUUUCUGAUUCAUCAUUGAUAAACUUACAACGAACCACAAGCGAAACACCAUUCUCGUUGGAUAAGAAAAUUAAUGAUAUAAGAUUGAAGCCAUCACACGUCCAAGUGGGUCAACAGGAAAUAUACAAAAGGUUGCAAAGUCAGACAAAACAAAAUGCACAGAAGCAGACUGUUCUCACAAAUCCAGCACAGCAGCGAUCAAAUGCUCGUGCACCACCAGUUCAAACAUCAACAAUGUCUCCAUGUUCUUCACUUCCCCUUCCUGAAAUUGGAAAUCGACCUGACUUGACCGUGAUCAUGAACAAACCAAGAAUAUCAUCACCAGCCCCAUUGCAUGUUUAUGGCAAACCUACUAUUUCGACAUCAGGUACAUCUUCCACAGGUCAUGUUGUAGUAUCCGUUGGUAGAAAAACAUUCAAAGAUGAAUUGAAUGUUUCUAAGCCAAAUCAAUUUGACACAAGAACACCAUUCACUGAACCUCCACCAGCUCACUCACCAUUCCGAGGAAAGUUGACAACAUCUCCGCCACCACUUGUAACUCCUACUUCUUCGCCAAUCAGAGACCCGAAAGCCUGUUCCUCAAGCGAUACUCGUAAUAUCAGUAUAAAAACAAGUGGUAUAAUACCUGCAGAUGGUGUCCUGAAUUUGGAUACGAAAGCGAUUUCUGUUUCGCCGAUCUCCUGCAUAAACAUUACUUCUACGAAUAACACACUGCAUACUUCGAACAAUGAACACACUUUGCAAUAUUCUUUUCGCUCUGGGGAAUCUCUUUCGAAUUGCAAUGGACAAAAGGUAGUAAAAAUCGAAAAACGUGUUAAUUAUGGAAGUAGUGCAAGCAAAUCCAUGAUUUCGGAUACAACAUUGUCAAAGUAUCAGCACAAUGUAGUUUGGAAAGAACAACCUGUCAAGCAAGAGAUUCCGCAACCUGGAAAUGGAUGCAUCAAUGAACAGAAAAAGAAGCUUUUGGAAUUAUUACAUAAUGCCAACAUGCAACAAUUGUUUUCACAAGCUCAGGCUCACGCACAUAUGCAGGUUAAAGAUACCCAAACCCAGUCUAAGGCCGCUAUUACGAAUAACGCUGCUAAGACGGCGCUAACAAUGCAAAUGAACCAUAUGAACAAAAUCAACAUGGAGUUAUAUAAAUACAGAAUUAAAAAUUUAAGCUCUGCAAAUAGCAACAUAAGCCGGUUGCCUGAUCCAUUGAUGAUAAAAACGGGACCUCACAAACCAAUCAAACGGAGAAAUCCGCCAAACCGGGCUAAUGCGAUUAAACGGAAACGGCCGAGAUUGGCGCGUUCCACAGAUCCGUAUCUGCAAAAUGGGCCAUGCUAUCAAGUAGCACCAAGAUUGUCACGGUGUCGUGAAUGCGGUCGAUCAGCUGCAGCACGUUCAAGAGAUGCAGCAAACAUAUUUUGUAGAUUUAUCGCCUUUAGAAAACUAAGAUACAAUGAAAUUGGGCAAAUGGAAGCUGUUGGAUUCGCCAAUCCAGACAUUGAUCCUCAAAACCCCGAUACUGGUUUGUGGAAUGCAAAUUUGGAGAAAGUACCUAUAGAUAUGUCUGUUGAGAAAUCCAAAUUUCUACUGGGGCAGGUUGGAUAUAAAUUCUGCGAACUUUUCCAUCAGGAGAAGGAGGCAUAUUUUGAACAUAUGUCAGAAGAUAAAACUAUCGCUUGGAAGCAAGCUGUACAAGGUGUACGAGAACUGUGCGAUGUAUGCUCAACCACGCUUUUUAACUACCAUUGGGUUUGCUCAACUUGCGGUUUCGUAGUUUGCAUUGACUGUUACAAGGGUCGGAAACAUGGCUAUUGCAAAAACGAGACGGGUACAAGAGAUCGAGAUGGUUAUAUGUGGCUUAACUGUACUAAUAGAGAGCCGCACGUUCAGGAGAAACUCAUGCUGACUCAGAUAAUCCCUAGUAACUGCUUGUAUAAAUUAGUUCGCCAAAUGCACGGUAUCUGUGCUUUAUUGGAGAUACCUUUGAAUUGUGAAUGUCCUCUUAGUAAGGAAUCAUUGUUUCGCAAAAUUAAAGAUAGACUUGAGUUCAUUUAUCCCAUCAUUGUUGAACACAGCAGAAAAGAGGAAGAAACUAGCACAAGAGAUGAAAAUAAUACUGAUUUGAUUGCGAUAAUUAGCACGGCAAACGAAACUACAACAAAAAUGAUAUCUAUAACGGUUAAAAACAUAGAAAGUAGAAUAAGUGAAACAGACAGUGGCACAGUAUGUUGUAAAGUUAUUUUUGGUAGGGAGUUGAGUGCAGACAAGAAUCCCGCGACAGAAAUAUUGAAACGAAGAGAGAAGCAAAGCUAUUGUUUCGAUGGCUUUCAGGAAGAUAUUAAAAUUGAAAGCUUGGAUGAUUUCAUUGAAGGGCGAAGAACACCGAUUAUUGACAACAAAUUCAACGAAAAUGUUCCCGACUGCAGUGAUGUUCAACCUUCAUUGGAGACAACAAAUGCUGGUAAACCUACAAAUAAUGCAGAAAUCAUCGAAAAUGGUAAUGAUAUGCAGUCUACUAUUGUAGAGACCGAUGGUGAUGCGAAGAGUAAGGAUAAAGAUCCUCUUGAAUUGAUCUCUGAAGGUAAUACUGAAAAUACAAAUCUUGAUGCCGAUAAAAAAACAUCUGUAAAAGCAUUCGAUAGUCAAGACGAUGCACCAUACAAUGAGGAACACCGUUUGAAACCAUCUCCUAAACUAGAUUGGAAAACAUUCAACAUGAUUGUAAAACAGUUACUAAAAUUUGACAAAUCAAUCAACAUUUCCGGGCUCUUCGAAAAACAUUUAACAGAAAAAUGUCCCGAGUCAGAAAGUUUAGUUGAUUUUACUGCUGAAAUCGAAGUUAAUCAUACUAACAUUCAGAGUUUUUUGCACGAUUUUUUGGAUCAAUUCGUCUUUUUAACUGGUCCUGCGGGUAUUGAUAAUCUUGCAGAUGAUGUACAAAUUUUGGAAUACAACAAGUAUAUUAAAAACUGUGUUGAAUUCCAAAACAAAGGCGAACGAGUUAUCGACUUAGAGGAAUCGCUUAAACUGUAUCCAAACGUUGAACAUCAGUGGCUCUGUAAUGGUCGAUUAUUAAGGCUGUUGGAUCCACUAAAUGAUGACAACUAUACUACAUUUCACGAUCAGUGGGAACGUGGACAACCGGUGAUGGUAUCUUAUGUAUCGAACAAAAUGGAUAUGAAUCUAUGGUUACCGCAGUCGUUCGGAGAAGAGUUUGGAGAAGAUGAAAACGAUUUAAUUAAUUGCCUAAACGGAAAACUUGUUAAAGGUCAAAAAAUGAAACUGUUUUGGGAUGGAUUCGACAAAAUCGGGCUCCGUUUACUAGAUGAAAGGGAUCGUCCCAUGCUACUGAAACUAAAAGAUUGGCCACCGGGAGAUGACUUUGCAGAAAUGAUGCCUAGCAGAUUUGACGAUCUUAUGAAGUGUCUUCCUUUGGCGGAGUAUACACGACGUGAAGGACGUCUUAAUUUGGCCAGUAGAUUAUGUAGCUUUUUCGUAAGACCUGAUCUAGGACCUAAAAUGUAUAGUGCCUAUGGAUCAGCAUUACAUCCAUCGAAGGGUACCACGAAUCUACAUUUGGAUGUGUCGGAUGCAGUUAAUGUUAUGGUCUACGUAAGCGUCCCAAAAGAUGUAGAUCAAAGUAAGUAUAUCCAAAAGGUGUAUGAUGCAAUUGACCGAGACGAAUGCGAUGUAUUCACUCGACAGCGAAUUCGUGAGAAAGAUGAAUUACCUGGUGCAUUAUGGCAUAUUUAUCAUGCAAAAGAUGCCGACAAGAUACGUUCACUAUUGAACAAAAUCGAGGUUGAACGAGGUGGAAGUAUAAAAGCGAAUCACGACCCCAUUCAUGAUCAGAAGUGGUAUUUAGAUGCAAAUUUACGCAAGCGUCUAUUGCAAGAAUACAACGUAGAGGGAUAUUCUAUCGUACAAUGUUCUGGCGAUGCCAUAUUCAUCCCUGCUGGAGCUCCUCAUCAGGUACGCAACCUACACAACUGUAUAAAAGUCGCGGAAGAUUUUGUGUCUCCUGAAAACAUUUCAUAUUGUUUCAAAUUAACCAAUGAAUUCCGACAUCUUACCAAUACACACUCGAAUCACGAGGAUAAAUUGCAGAUAAAAAAUAUUAUUUAUCACACAGUGAAGGAUGCAGUUUCGUGUUUAGCGAAUCCUCUUAUUAUGACUAAGGAUAAAAUAGAUUUAUUGUAAGUUUUCUUUUAAACACUGACUCGUGGAAAUUUCGUUCAAAAUAAUUGUGUAUUGUAGCCAUCUUUCUUAAAUUGCAAUGAGCAAUAUUUUAGAUCACAUGCAUCUAGGUAUUAAGCAGUGGAAUUCUGUACACGUAUUAAUAUCAAUAAAUCAGUAUAAUUUGAAUCAUA